GAUGCCUGCUGUGUUUACAUGGAUGGCAUAGAUAGCGACGAUGAUGCUCUUGCGUGUGGAAAUGUCCGCAGCGGUUGAAGGCACCAUUGGGGAUUUGAGUGCGAAUGAGAACUAGUAGCAGCAGGAGAGACGCUCAGAUUUCAAGAAACAACACGUUUUGAACCAUUUGGACGUAGUUCCUCCUGAUGCGGGCCGUCGAUCAUCUAUGGAAGCCGGGGGCUUGAUUUGAUAUGUCGCAAGAGUCAGCCGUGAAUAGUUUGGUCGAGAGGUGAUGGCAGUCCUGACUGAACUUCACCAGUACUACUCUCCAUUCAAACAGAUGGCCAUCCCCCCCUUUCAAUUCUGAGUGUACAUAGAGCCCCCCGGCCCCCACCCCACCUUCUUCUGCCUUUCCCUUUCCUCCUCCUACCCUCUCCCAACCCCUUUUGUCCCCUGCCCCUUAUUCUUUCCAUUGUUCCACCCUUUACUUUGACCUCUCCUUGCCUUUAAAUCUGUCGGACUCAUCAUGGCGUGCUACGGUCGUUCCCUGGACUCCCCUUGUACUCUGGCUCUGCUGGUGGGAUUCCAGUUUGCCUUUGUCCUGUACUUUUCCCUGGGGGGCUUCCGAGGCCUGGUGUCUGUGUUGGUCCACACCACAGAGCCAGAGUUCGAUUACUCCCGACCCCAUGAUGUGUACACUAACCUCAGCCACCUUGGGCCGCCGCCACCCCCUCCCCGCAACACAGGCACCGGACCCCCCGGAACGACACCUCCUCUGAAGGAGUGCCAGUUGCCCUCUCCACUGCUGGUGGGUCCCGUGUCGGUCCACCUGUCUGCCCCGUUGUCUCUUGAGGAGAUCCGACGGAGGAACCCCCUGGUGUCCCCGGGGGGUCACUACAGCCCCCCGGACUGCGAGCCCCGCCACCACACGGCCAUCGUGGUCCCGUACCGGAACCGGCAGACCCACCUGCGGGCCCUGCUGUACCACCUGCACCCCUUCCUGCAGAGGCAGCAGAUCCACUACAGCAUCUACAUCGUACAGCAGUGGGGGAACAGUACAUUCAACCGCGCCAAGCUGCUGAACGUGGGGGUACGAGAGGCGCUGCGAGACGAGGACUGGGGCUGUAUCUUCCUCCACGACGUGGACCUGUUGCCCGAGAACGACCACAACACCUACACCUGCCACAAGCAGUUCCCCACACACCUGUCUGUCGCCAUGGACAAGUUCCGAUACAGGUUACCGUAUCCUCAGUACUUUGGUGGCGUGUCCGCAGUGACCCCAGACCAGUAUAUGAAGAUGAACGGCUUCCCUAACCACUACUGGGGCUGGGGAGGGGAGGACGACGACAUCGCCGCUAGAGUGCGUCUGUCUGGCAUGAAGAUAGUGCGCCCCCCAGUGGCCAUCGGCCACUACAAGAUGAUCAAGCAUAAAGGAGACAGAGGCAACGAGCAGAACCCACGCAGAUUCGACCUGCUGAAGAGGACCAGGCUCAACUGGCGCUCGGACGGCAUCAACUCGCUGGCCUACGACCUCCUGUCCCGGGAGCUUGAGCCCCUCUACACCAACCUGACGGUCAACAUCGGCGAGGACCCCCACCUGCCCCUGCUGAAGUUCCCCAAUCAGCGGAGACCGGGCAGGCCCCCGGCGCCUAAAGCGGCCACGAGGAAGGCCGCCGGGAUGCCGCCAAAAUCGCCCGACAAACCGCCGGACGUCGGGACUCUAGCGGCGAAUGUGACGCGGCCGGCGGAGGAAGAGACACGAGACCCCGCCCACUCAGCAGCAGCCAAUCAGACGACACAGGCGAAGCCCGGUGUGAUCAAAUAGGCCCCGAAAGAAAGGUCUUUGUAUCGCACUCUCAUUGGACGGCGGGGUUUAUGGGCGGUAGUGUAGCAGACAUCCUCCCUGCGGGCGCUCUGGAGGGAUCCCCUGUUCAGACCACUGUUCACUGAAUGUGUCUCCCUGGCGGUGUUUCAACUUAGAAAUGAGCUCACCCGUAAAGCGUCGGUUGUAAUGUUAAUAGUAGAUCUCCUCCAUGAGUCUCGGGGAAAAGAGCGCUAUGGAACAGAAGGAGUGUUUUUGUGCUAGUGGUGUACGGCCUCAUCCAGUCUGCUGUACCAGAAACUACUGCUGUUAUUCUGCCCCUACCACCGCACCCACCACUCUACGCAGGGGGGGUUCUAGUUUUCUGUGCCUUCUCUCUCUCUGUCUUUUAAAUGCACAUUUUAUAGACAAGGAUAGGUGCUCUU